CUAUAAAAGGGCGAGUACGAGCACAAGCAAAAUAUCAGUUUCAACGAGUAAACAAUACAGCUAACUUAUCAAUAUGCAAAAAACGAUUCUUGCUAUUAUCGCCUUGGCGCUCUUCGGCAUCGCACAAGCUCAGGUGCAAUUCACCGGCGCUUGCCCAAGUAAUGUGCAAGUUCAGUGCGAUUUCAAAGUGGAACCGUAUUUGGGCACCUGGUAUGAAUAUGCUAAAUAUCCUGUUUUCUUCGAAACCGGUGGCAAAUGCAUCACAGCUGAAUAUACCCUGAAGGAGGACGGUGACGUUGGUGUGGUGAAUAGCAUGAUUGAUACAAAAACCAAAAAGAUCACCGACAUUGUUGGUUAUGCCGUUCCAGUUGAGAAUGCUAAAUUGAAGGUGACCUUCCCCGUCAGCACUUCUUUCAAUGCCACCUCCAACUAUUGGGUGCUCUCUACCGAUUACACCAGCUACAGUGUUGUCUACUCCUGUCAGCCAAGCCAAGAUGAUGCCCACAGUGUCACUGUUUGGAUUUUGACCCGCGAACGUCAACCGUCGGCCGAUCUGAUUGCUAAAGCUGAAAAUAUUUUGACUCAAAAUGAUGUAUCUUUAAGUGAAUUAACUGUUACCGACCAAAGUGAUUGCAAAAUUGAACCCGUUGCUGAUGGCAGUUGUUCAUAAAUCAAUUUAGAAAUGAAUUUUGGCGUGACAAUUUGGCAUGAGUAGCAUAAUUUUUCUUAUGUAAUUUAGCUCAAAUAAAAAUUGGAAA